UGUUGGUUUCGAUAAAAAUGGCGAAGCUAGUAAAAUGUGCAAAACCAGGAAAAAAACACGUUUGAAAAAGCUAUAGAAUAUGGGAAACGUAGCAACUGGAGGUGUCAACGAAGGAGAAGAAGAUGAAAACGAGUUCUAUGAGGAUGGAACAGAGACAAGUCCAUCUUCAGGGGAGAUCACUGAUGGAGCUUUAGACCUUUCUGUGUUAUUUGAUCAUGGUUUACUACGAGAAGCUGCCUCAAAAAUUAAAGAGGAACCAAAUGAAUCCUUUAUGCAACAACAUUCAGGCAGUAUAAUACGGUGGUUAGAAGAAAGAAAGUCCAGACAUGAGCUAUUCAGUCAAUUUGAUGCUGAUGGAGAAGGCUUUGCAGAUGUAGAAACAUUUUUGGAGACUCUUCAAACCCUUGGUGGUGGCGUGAGUGCCAAAGGAGAUUUGAGAACUUCCAUCAAGACACUGCAAAACUGCUGUCUAACACCAGGUACAAAGUGA